AUGGCCUCAUCCACCAGUAGAGUCGAUGUCCAAUCCGAUAAUCUUAUUUUUGCCAUCAAUCGGCUGGAGAAGCAAAGAGACGGCGAGCUCCGCACCUCUAGGUUGCUGCUGCUUUCGUCGCCGCCGUCCUCUGCUUUCGAUGCUAGAAAGACAGAUCUGCAUCACCCUGCUUUCACCAUUAGUAAUUGUGUUGCCCAGUGA